AUGUCGUGUGUGCUGUGUUGCUUCAGGUGGUGCGGGGAUGGCGGCUCUGGGCACAUUCCGCUCAAGGAGAUGCCGGCCGUACAGCUGGACACUCAACACAUGGGAACGGAUGUCGUAAUUGUUAAAAAUGGCAGAAGAAUCUGUGGCACUGGUGCCUGCCUUGCCAAUGCUCCUCUUCAUCAGAAUAAGAGUUACUUUGAGUUUAAAGUCCAGUCUACAGGUGUGUGGGGAGUUGGUGUUGCAACCCAAAAAGCCAACCUUAAUCAAAUCCCAUUAGGAAGAGAUGUGCACAGUCUUGUGAUGAGAAACGAUGGAGCUAUUUAUCACAACAAUGAGGAGAAGAAUAGGUUACCUGCCAACAACCUUCCACAAGAAGGCGAUGUAGUGGGCAUUACUUAUGAUCAUGUAGAACUAAAUGUGUAUUUAAAUGGAAAGAAUAUGCAUUGUCCUGCAUCUGGCAUAAGAGGCACAGUCUUUCCUGUUGUAUAUGUGGACGACAGUGCAAUCCUGGACUGCCAGUUCAGUGAGUUUUACCACACUCCUCCACCUGGAUUUGAGAAGAUCUUAUUUGAGCAGCAGAUUUUCUAA